AAGAGCCCGAGCGCGGCCCAGGGGCGCCACCGGCCCCUCCCCGGCGCGCUGACAGCAGGCUCGGCUCCCGCCCCGUGCCCUCGCCGGCGGGGCACACCCCCAGCCCUCCUCUGCGCGGCCAGUUCCCGCCGGCCCCACCGGGCGGCAGAGAGAUCGAGCAGGCGAGCGGAGCAGUGAGCGCGGCGGCGCGGGAGGAAAGGGGCGCGCGGCAGGCCCACGGGAGCCGCCUGGGGCGCACGGAGCCCUCGUGCCCUCCAGGACAGUCGCAUGCCCGGGAGCCGCAGCUGUGGGCGCCGGGAGCCGGGGCGGCGAACGGCGCGUGGGCCAGGGGUGGCGCGGAGCCUCGGGGACCCGGGCAACCAGAGAAGCUGGAACCCGGCCGGGAUGAGAAGGUGACGCCGCCGGGGGGCGCCACUCGCUUUGUGGGGAAGAUGCUCGCCUACUGCGUGCAAGAUGCCACCGUGGUGGACGUGGAGAAGCGGAGGAGCCCCUCCAAGCACUAUGUGUAUAUUAUCAACGUGACCUGGUCCGACUCCACCUCCCAGACUAUCUACCGGAGAUACAGCAAGUUCUUUGACCUGCAGAUGCAGCUUCUGGAUAAAUUUCCUAUUGAAGGCGGCCAGAAGGAUCCCAAGCAGAGGAUCAUCCCCUUCCUCCCAGGCAAGAUCCUCUUCCGGAGAAGCCACAUCAGGGACGUGGCGGUGAAGAGGCUGAAGCCCAUCGAUGAAUACUGCAGGGCACUUGUCCGCCUGCCUCCCCACAUCUCACAGUGCGAUGAGGUCUUUCGGUUCUUUGAGGCACGGCCUGAGGAUGUCAACCCCCCCAAAGAAGAUUAUGGCAGUUCCAAAAGGAAAUCAGUGUGGCUAACCAGCUGGACUGAGUCUCCCAAGAAGGACGUGACAGGUGCCGACACCAACGCCGAGCCCAUGAUCCUGGAACAGUACGUGGUGGUGUCCAACUAUAAGAAACAAGAGAACUCGGAGCUGAGCCUCCAGGCCGGGGAGGUGGUAGAUGUCAUCGAGAAGAACGAAAGUGGCUGGUGGUUUGUGAGCACGUCUGAAGAGCAGGGUUGGGUCCCUGCCACCUACUUGGAGGCUCAGAAUGGCACACGGGAUGACUCAGACAUUAACACCUCCAAGACUGGAGAAGUGUCCAAGAGACGUAAAGCCCACCUGCGGCGCCUGGAUCGCCGGUGGACCCUGGGCGGGAUGGUCAACAGGCAGCACAGCCGAGAAGAGAAGUAUGUCACCGUGCAGCCCUACACUAGCCAAAGCAAGGACGAGAUUGGCUUCGAGAAGGGCGUCACCGUGGAGGUGAUUCGGAAGAACUUGGAAGGCUGGUGGUACAUCAGAUAUCUAGGCAAAGAGGGCUGGGCGCCAGCAUCCUAUCUGAAGAAGGCCAAGGAUGAGCUGCCAAGCCGGAAGAAGAACCUGGCGGGUCCUGUGGAGAUCAUCGGAAACAUCAUGGAGAUCAGCAACCUGCUCAACAAGAAGGCGUCUGGGGACAAGGAAGUUCCAGCUGACGGCGAGGGACCGGAAGCCCCCAUCACCAAGAAGGAAAUCAGCCUGCCCAUCCUUUGCAACGCCUCUAACGGCAGCGCCUUGGGUGUCCCCGAGAGGACCACAUCGAAGCUGGCCCAGGGCUCCCCAGCCGUGGCCAGGAUCGCCCCUCAGAGGGCUCAGAUCAGCUCCCCAAACCUGAGGACAAGACCGCCCCCACGCAGAGAGUCCAGCCUGGGGUUCCAGCUGCCAAAGCCACCAGAGCCCCCUUCUGUUGAGGUGGAAUACUACACCAUUGCUGAAUUCCAGUCUUGCAUUUCUGACGGGAUCAGUUUUCGUGGUGGACAGAAAGCUGAGGUCAUUGAUAAAAACUCAGGUGGCUGGUGGUACGUGCAAAUUGGGGAGAAAGAGGGCUGGGCCCCUGCCUCAUAUAUCGAUAAACGCAAGAAGCCUAACCUGAGUCGCCGAACCAGUACUCUGACCCGGCCCAAGGUGCCCCCACCUGCACCCCCAAGCAAACCUAAGGAGACCGAGGAGAAUCCUGUGGGUGCCUGUGAGAGCCAGGACUCCCCACUGAAGCUUAAAUAUGAGGAACCUGAGUAUGACAUCCCGGCCUUUGGUUCUGACUCAGAGCCUGAGCUGAGUGAAGAGCCCACGGAGGACAGAGGCGCAGGGGACAGGCGUCCUGCCCAGCCCCGAAGGCCCUCACCUGCCUCCUCCCUGCAGCGGGCCCGCUUCAAGGUGGGCGAGUCUUCUGAGGAUGUGGCCCUAGAAGAAGAGACGAUCUAUGAGAAUGAGGGCUUCAGGCCCUACACAGAAGACACCCUGUCUGCCAGAGGCUCCUCUGGGGACAGUGACUCCCCUGGAAGCUCCUCACUGUCUCUUGCCAUGAAAAAUUCCCCUAAAUCAGAUUCUCCCAAAUCAUCAUCACUCCUGAAGCUCAAGGCAGAGAAGAAUGCCCAGGCAGAACUGGGGAAAAACCAGUCCAGCGUCUCCUUCUCCUCCUCCAUCACCAUCAACACCACCUGUUCCUCCUCCUCUUCCUCCUCUUCCUCCUUGUCCAAGAACAGUGGUGACACGAAGCCACGCUCUGCCUCAGAUGCGGGCGUCCGUGGCACCCCCAAGGUCGGGACCAAGAAAGAUGCCGAUGUGAAGGUCGGGCUGGCCUCCUGUGCCCGAGCCAAGCCCUCGGUCCGACCAAAGCCAGUCCUGAACCGAGCCGAGUCUCAAAGCCAGGAAAAGAUGGACAUUCGCUCCUUACGGCGCCAGCUGAGGCCCACAGGCCAGCUCCGGGGGGGCCUCAAGGGCUCUAGGAGUGAGGACUCAGAGCUGCCCCCCCAGUCAGCUUCCGAGUCCAGGAGAGGCUCUGCUGAUGUGAUUCCGCUCCCAGCCACCACUCCCCCAUGUGUUCCCAUGAAGGAAUGGGAAGGGCAAGGCACCGCCUAUGUGACCUGCAGUGCCUAUCAGAAGGUCCAGGACUCCGAGAUCAGCUUCCCGGCGGGCGCUGAGGUGCACGUGUUAGAAAAGGCAGAAAGCGGAUGGUGGUAUGUGAGGUUUGGGGAGCUAGAAGGCUGGGCUCCCUCCCACUAUUUGGUGCCAGAGGAGAACCAGCAGUCUGACGUCGCUGGCAAAGACCCUGACACAGUCAAGAGCACUCAGAGCGAGGGCAGGUCGGACAGUCUGGAGAAGAUCGAGAAGCGGGUGCAAGCGCUGAACACUGUGAACCAGAGCAAGAGGGUCACCCCACCCAUCCCCUCUAAGCCUCCUGGGGGGUUCGGCAAGACCUCGGGCACUGUAGCGGUGAAGAUGCGGAACGGUGUGCGGCAGGUGGCAGUCAGGCCCCAGUCCGUGUUUGUGUCUCCACCACCCAAGGACAACAACCUGUCCUGUGCCCUGCGGAGGAAUGAGUCGCUAACGGCCACCGACAGCCUCAGAGGUGUCCGCAGGAACUCCUCCUUUAGUACUGCACGGUCAGCAGCUGCUGAGGCCAAGGGCCGCUUGGCAGAGCGGGCUGCCAGCCAAGGCUCAGAAUCACCCCUCCUGCCUACCCAACGUAACGGCAUCCCCGUCUCCCCCGUGCAUCCUAAGCCUAUUGAGAAGUCUCAGUUCAUCCACAAUAACCUCAAAGAUGUGUACAUCUCUAUUGCAGACUAUGAGGGGGAUGAGGAGACAGCUGGCUUCCAAGAGGGGGUUUCCAUGGAGGUGCUGGAGAGGAACCCCAACGGCUGGUGGUACUGCCAGAUCCUGGAUGAGGUGAAGCCCUUCAAGGGCUGGGUACCCUCCAACUACCUUGAGAAGAAGAACUAGCAGCACCGGGUCCUUCCAGACUCAGUGCUGCUCUGGCUGCCGCUGGAAAAGUGGCGGCCUGCAGACAAGGGGAAGGACAAUGGGAGGGGGAGGGGGAUGCCGACAUUGAACCCUACAGAAUAUGUGACCCCCCCCCCAAGACACCCUCCAGCUGGAAGGGAGGGUGUGACGGGUGCACACACUUAGUAGGAAAAAGGGAAUAGCAGGGUUGUCCUGGGCCCGGAACCCCUGCACACACACUGGUGACUUUGCUGAUGGACCUUAUGCCGUUUAGUACAGGCCGAAUGGGAAAGCCCAGUCGCGCCUUUGCUGCAGAUCUGGAAGAGAUGUCAUGAGGUGUGUCCAGGGUGCUGCCCCUGCUCAGCCACCUCAGUGGCUGGCUUCUCGCCUCUGGAAGCCUCCCUUGUGUUAUAGAUGUGUUUAGCAUUGUGUUGGUUUCUCGUCCACCAGCCGCUGGUGGGUGUCUGGAAGACCACCAGCUCUGGGGCUUAGCCGUGUCUCCUCAGAGCUCAGUCCUUCCUGGGGCCAGGCCACAGCCUGUUUGGUAGUUACGAGUUCCCAGAUGCCAACAAGGACUGCCCGCCUUUGCUGGCUGACCUGGCCUUGCAAAGAGAGCCUGCCCUCCUCGGGGCGCGGUGGGAGUUGACCUAGAGAAUGGGCGGUGCCAGGCUCCUCACAACCUAGAAUUGCUCGAGGAUUUCCGGGUAGGCGGUUCCUUGUGCAUGUUUGGGAAGGGGUUAUUGGUUUGGAGGUUAUAAAUCAGCGUUUGGUUUUGGGGUUUAUUUUAGAAGUUGUUUGGGGGCCCAAAGGCCUCAGCCUCACAUAGGAGAGGGAGUAGGGGUGGGUGGAGUUUUCUGUUGAAUUCCAUGGAGGGAUGUUUAAUUUUGAUUUUGGUUUAACGUUUUUGCCUUUCCAUAUGCCAAGUUGUUUGUUUAGGUUUCCACUGUGUGCACAGUGCCCUAGCAUGGCACCUCACCAGGGAAUCCGAGACUGGGUAAAGCCAGGUCCUGGGCUCGGUGAAAGUGUUCAGGUCGCUGCCCAAGAGGGAAGGGGGCAUCAUCAGAAGCCAGGCUGCUGGGUGACUACUCUGCCUGCUGCACACUUUCUCCAACCUGGGCAGGGCCCACAAAAAGCCUUACUGUGGAGAAGUCACCACCAACCCUGGGCAGAAAGGACCCUGGCUGGGUCAGCCUGGAGCAGACACCCCCGCACCCCCGCCACUGUGCCCCUUAGCCUGCUGGCAAUGCUACAGGUGCCCAAGAGGAUGGAAGAUUUCGAAACCAGGAACCAACCCUGUCUUCCCAAGGGGCAGUGCCCCAGGGAACAGAGAAGCAAAAGAAUGGAGUUCGCUGCGGUCCUCUGUCGCUUUGGGUUGUGAUUUAACGAUUGACAUUUCAGGGGGGACCCUCCAGAGAGAAGCCCAGUGGGCUUCUUCCAAGAACUCCCCUCAUGAUGGGAGCGGAUUCCACAUGUGCCUUUGAUUUGGGACAGAUCCUGCCUCACAGUUUCUGGCUGAGCUGCCAGCAUCUUCCUGACCAAGGGCUGCCGGUUCCGACAGACGAGGGAGGAAGAUCGCCCCUCACCCCUCCUCCCAGGCAGGUCUGCCUUCGGCUCCCAACCCUAACCGCCUGGAUUCCCAAGUCCAUGUCCCUCCCAUAUGCGGAUGCAAACCGCUAGCCUCCUUUGUCAAAAGCCCGUGGUGACAUUGUUCUAUUUCCUUUUCUGUGUUCAUGAGUUUGUUUAAAAUUGAAAUUAGUUAUUUUCUUCUGCUGGACAGUAUUAAAUAGAGCGGGAUGUUGAGUUAAUCUGCUAGGUUGCAGUACUAAUGGUAGUGGUUAGUGUCUUCAUGAUAUAUUGUUUGUACUUUUUGAACAAUAAUGAUAAAGAAGUGGUUCAUUAUUUCUUAAUUAAUGCACUUUAAAUUGAGGUGAAAUGGAAAGAAAACCCGGAGAGCAAAGUGCAUUACUUAAAGAUGCAGUAUAUACUCUUCUCAUUUUAAAACAGCACAUAUUUAUUAAAAGAAGAAAAAGUAAUUUAUGACUAUUUAAAAUAAAAUUUUAAAGUAGAGUGACUGUCAGGUGAAAGGACCUUCCACACAGCUGUCUGCCAGGGGGAUGGCCCACAGCCUCGCUCCUCGGAUGUCUGCAUUGAGCCAGCUCCAUGGUUAGUGCACCAGCCAGGCACAGAGCAUCUCAGCUGGACUGGACCACCGAGAUCCCCAGAGCCUGCCUUUCCCACCCUCUCUGCCCGACUCUGCACCCAGAGACCCUCUCCCAAAUCCCAGGGUCCUGAAAUCGUAGACUCUUUCAAAGCAGGACUGGAAGGGACCUUAGAGGUCAGUCCCUCCCAUCCCUUCUUGUUUCUCCAGCUCCAGGACAGGAAAUGACUUUCCCCAAAUCACCCAAUUAAUGUCAGGUUUUCCCACUGCAUUUAAUCCCCCGUUCCUCUCCUAUCCUUUUAGUUCAUAGUGUGGUCAUUGUGUUUACAUUGUAACAUCCAGCCCCAGGGAUGGCUGGGAGUUGCUCAGGCGUCUGGGAAAAGUAGGGAAUGCUGCCACCUAGUGUCAGUACGUAGGCUUGGUCAACAAAUAGUGAUAGCCAAGGUCCCUCACCACCAGCCCGUUAGGGCACAGCACAAACCCUGCAAGCCCAAAGAAUACUUGAAACAAGAAGGGUGCAUGCCAGGCCUUCUCAGACAUGGCCAGGGGGUGCCAGGCCUUGUGUCCUGGAUCCUAGCCCUGCCCAGACAAGGCCUUUUCCUAGAGCUAACGAGCUGCUUUGUGAUAUCGGACGGACAGUGGCAGCAGUGGAGGAGGGAAGGGCCCGGGGCUCUGUCCCAUUAGGAGCGAAACCAGAUGGGACGAAAGGCAAAAAAAUAGAAAAAAAAAAAAAGGAAAAAAAAAAGAUUUAAAAAAAAGUGGAAUCUCAGCAAUGUCCAAAGCCAGUUUCCAUUAGUUAGAACUGACGAUGCAAGAUGACAUCGCAUUGCUGUAUACUGCAACUUUAAUCCUAAUGAGCCCUUCUGAGGUCAUUAUUGAGUUUAUAUAAUGCCCGAAGAUGCGUCGUCUGGUGCUUUGUUUUCCUUUCAGUCUAAAGACCCUUCUCUUCUAUGACAAGGGUGGAGGAAAGGCCUUCCAACCUUACCCUUCUUUUGUCACUCGUAGGCCUGGCUACACUGCCUGGCUCCUCUGUGUUCUCACAGGGAAGCAACAAGAGGGAGCAGGGGGAGGGGGUUCCAUCAGCAAUCGGUUCCUGUCUACCCCGGGGCCCCCUUCACAGCCCGGGUUCUCUUUGCAAGGCCUCAACCCUUCCACCCCAGCCUGGUCCCAAGGGUCCCUCUUUCUCACUCCUAAAUGGACGAAGGCAUUAUAUAGAAUCAUUGUAGCCACUUUGAGAUGUUAGAGCCGCGUAUUUUACUGGCAUUUAUACCCAUUGCUUUCCUCAGCGAGGCAUGUUACUACUUUUAUCGUCUAAGAGACAAGGGAAUCUCAGCCAAACAUUAUUUUCAUAUGACUAGUACUUGCAGAGUAGGCAUAGCACUAUUUAAGUUGCAGUGUCUGUUUUUAGAAGGGGGAGCAGGUGAAGUCACCCCUGCUUCUCCUGCAUUUGACUAAUAUAUAGUUUCUUUAAGGUUACUCACUUUCCCAGUUCCCUCCAAAUACUUUGCAUUCUCAAUGGAAAAUCAAAACAAUCUGAGACAGAAAAAAAGUGCAAUAUUACCAAGAAGGAUGUGGGACAGAAUGGGGGGGGGGGGAGACCCUGUUGCAUCUGCGGAAAAUGGAGGGUCUACUGGGGAGAAUCGUACUGUGGAGCACAUGGGCGGACCGUGAAUUUGAUUGGCGGGCCAACUGUCUUAUCUCCUCCCCACGUCCCUGGCAUGAAGAGAGGGGUAGCCACCAGAGGACACUAGAAGAAAGGGGUCUGGGGAAGUGGCGUGGUGCUCCUGACCUCUUGAGCCCAGUCCCCAGAGCAGAAUGAGGACAGCCAAGACCCACUCCUGUUUUCAUUCUCCGUUUGCCGCCAGCUGCUCAGAGAGACCCGUCCUAGAAGCGAUUCCCAGCAGCCCUCUCUCCCCAGCCUCCUGAUAUGUGGGCUAUGAUGCUUUGGAUGUGUGUUUGAGUCUUUCUAAAACUAUGGAACCUCAGUUCAGCUUAUGGACAGGAGUCCUGGCUGUAAGCAAACUCAUUUAGAGAUGGGUGCUUUAUGCCCUUCGUACCCAGUAAGACCCAAGUCCUCCAGGCCUGCAGUAGGCCUGGUCCCGGCCACCCAUUCAUCUCAAUGACUUGGGCAAAAGGCAUGCGCCCUGCCUCUGACAACAGAAACCCCCCAUGACAGGUACACACCACCAGCCCCCCCUUUCAUGUGCAGUGAGGAAAGUGGCAGAAUACGAUGUUUUGUGGGGGGUGAGGAACAAGUCCCAGGGCUCAGCCCCUUCCCCAGGACAGCAAGCACAGCCUUGCUGGUGAGCCCCUUCUGUGUAGCACUGUAGGCCUGCUGCUCCCACCCACCUUUGUGUGAAUUUCUCUACAGACAGGGAGAGGGACCAGGCCCCUUCUGGGUCUCUCCCUUGGAAUAGAUACGGUUGCAUAGCUGAUCAUUAGACUCUGUGCAGCUCUCUGAAAAGACAGCAGUCCACAUCACUAACCAAUUAAAAUUCCCUCACUUUUUUGAGGGCUGAGAAAGCAAUGUUUGUGUGCAUGUGUGUGUAUGUGUGUGUGACGGCGGUGGUAAUUUCCACAUGCAUGGGAAUUGCUUGAGUGCAUUGUGUGUGAGAGAGAGACCGGUGGUAAUUUCCCACUUGAACUAAAUAGCAUGGGGUUAGAGAAAAUAAAUGCAGGGCAGGUGGUCUCCAUUGAACUAGUCCUUGGCAUUGGGCAGGUCCCAAGGGACUCGCAGCUUCUGGCAGCAAGUAUGUGUGUCAUUCACACGAUUCUGGCUGGAGAGUGCAAUGUGUCUUUUAAAUUUGUUUUUGUAAUUAUUUUAUUUAGUUGGAAACUUCACACUGGCAUUAGCAGAUCUAACAGAAGCAGCCCAGGUCAGCAUCCGGGCACCAAGAUGAGCACAUGGAAUAGAUACUGUUGAGUGUGGAGUGCUGAGGUGGUUACAUUAGUGCACCCACGUACUUGGGAUGCGAAUCCCCAGAGGAUCCAAGAGCUACUGGCCUUGGCUUGGUUCUGAAGGAGAGGCGGGCUGGACAGGGUGAGAACUACUCAUGGUAUGACUGUAGGACCUGUAGGUGUCCACACAGCAGCGCCUGCCAUUCCCACUGCAGGCCCAGGGUUCUUCCUGGGGGUGUGGAGAGCUCCUCGGGACCUUCGGAAGUUGUCUAAAUCCCAUUUGGGACAGUCUCGUGCCCCUGUGUUUCGCAAACUCUAUGAUCAGAGCCAGUCAUAGGACAUGGUUGGUGACCUUUGGCCUUAGCACUGCCUUUAACUACUGCUUUGUUCUGUGCAUCUGGGCCCCCAGGCCACAAGUGGGCACACCGUUGCUUGUAGAUUCAACGGGAGGGUUUCUUUUCCAGAACCUUGACCCCUACCUGGCUGUAAGGGACGGGCAUGUGACACCCCUUCUUCCCCUAGCCUGUCUAAAUCUCAAGUGACCUUGACAGUCAGUACCCCUCCGCCAUCGCCGUCUAGGACUUAGUGGCCUUAGAGUAGGGUCCCCAAUGCCCAAGGUCCCUACCUCACUCCAGGUCUCAUGUUGGACAAUGGGCUGUGUCUUUGGAAGCCUGAGAGGAUUGUGUUAUGUUAAAGGAUGGACCUAGCAUGUUGGCAAGCUAGUGGGAGGCAUGUUGGCGAAUGAGUAGCCAUGUUUGAGGUGACUGGAGCUUACCGUCCCUGCACUGGGAGGAGGCUCCAGAAGAUGUCUUUUAGGCAGAGAAGGUGUGGGAAGGCUGAACAAGGGUUUGGAGUUGUGCUGUCUUUAUUUAUGGAAGAAGGAAGGAGUCAGUUCUUCGUGUUUGGAAAUGAAGAGAUCAGGUUUACAGGGAUUUUUUGUCACUCACCAGCCACAAGUCCAGCCAGAGAAAACUCACUCACCGGGCCACAGCCGGGCUUCCAUUUUCAUUGUCUUAGGGGAGAGGCACAAGCUUAUGUGAGCCAUAAGCCAGUGUUUGGGUUUGGAGGCCCUUUUCCAGAAGACAAAUCCAUCUCCCAGAUUCCCAGUAGUUUUUGCCCAAUAUAUUUUGUCCAAUUCCGAGUUGGCCAGACUGUCAGACUGUACAGAUCAGAGGCCAUUGACUAUAAUAGGCCACACAGUAGGGACCCACCAUCCCCAUACUAGAACUUAAGAGCCCAGACCUAUCCAAGAAGCAGGUGACCUCAUUUCUUGGUGAUACAGGACAUUAUUCCCAAGGCUCUAAUAGAACCUAUGGUUCUAACUACUGAGCUGGCCUCCUGUUGCCAAUCGGACCAGAGGAGCAUCCCUGCAUAUACUUGUUUUCUGGUGGCUUCUACUGAGGUGCACAGAGUUUACUUCAAAGGGUAUGCAGUUAUCAUUCUUAAAUUCACAACUUGUCCGCUCCAACAGAGGACAUGGGUGUCCGUCCCUCCCAGUUACUGAGAGGUCUAGAUGGCAGAUGUUAGUGCCCCCUCUUGCAACAUAGAUAUGUGAACUGUACAGUGGGAGCAAGCAGAUAGAUGUCACUGGGACACCUGAAUCAUGGGGACUUCUCGCAGUGUCCACUCAUCCCCAGCCAGCGUAGUGGGGGUCAGCAGGAGCCCUUCCUCCUCACCUCAGCAGAGAAACUGAGUCAGGGACAAUGGAUGCAGUCGGCAUUCGUGUGUGUGCUGACGUAUCUCCAGGACCCUUGGUGGUGCUAAUCUAUCUCCAUGUUUCUCACAAUUCUAACAGUGGGUUGUUUUUAUAAGCCUCAUCGCAAACACGCAGUGUCCGUGGGGGAAGGGCACACUUUCCGGGUGUCCUUUAUCGCUUUGAAGGGAUUCUUUGGUCUGUAGGGAUGACCUGUCUUGGGAUGCUUCUAGACUUUAAAUUUUGGGUUGUUUUGUGUAAUAUUUUGUUUAUGUUUACAUGCAUCUUGUAUUUCCCUAAAAACUAAAUAAAGUUUUUGGCCUUUUUAA